UAAACUAUAAAAAAGGAAAGAGAUAGUGAUUGAAGGAGAUGGAUGAUACAAUUUCAGAGGUUUCUUAGUAUUAUAUGAACUCUCUAUAGUUUUAAAUUUAUUACCUUUCACAUUUCAGAAUGGCUUCUACUGGCGACGCACAAUCUCCUAAUUCCUCACUUCCCACUCUACCAUGGAAGCGCAAGCUUGCCGAUCUAUUCACUUCCUUCCUUUUCCGACAAGCAUUCCGAUCAGAUUUUACCGUCAACCGCCGUUUCCUCCGCCUUUUUGACCGUAAACUACCUCCUUUCACCUCUCGAGGCGUCGCUGCAUCUGACGCCACCAUCGAUUCCUCCACUUCCGACCUUUGGAUUCGUGUAUAUAACCCUCUCACAUUCUCCAACUCCGAUCCUUUACCUGUUAUCAUAUACUUCCACGGCGGCGGAUUUGUGUACGGCUCUGCCGAUGCUCCGCCCACCGACACAUUCUGUCGCGACUUUGCUCGUGAAAUCGGAGCCAUUGUCAUCUCUGUCAACUACCGACUCGCACCGGAAGACCGAUUUCCGAGUCAAUUCGACGACGGAUUUCACGUUCUUAAAGCAAUGGACAAAGGAGCGAUCUCCGAAACUGUUCCUGAAAAUGCUGAUCUGAGGCGGUGUUUCAUCGCCGGGGAAAGCGCCGGAGGAAACAUAGCUCAUCACGUGACGGUGAGAGCGGCGGAGAGUGAAUUCAAGAGGGUCAAGAUUGUAGGUAUGAUUUUGAUUCAGCCAUUUUUUGGAGGAGAAGAGCGAAGGGAUUCAGAGAUUCGAUUUGGGAGAGGUUAUGGACUGACUCUGGAAAUGACGGACUGGUUUUGGAAGGCGUGGUUGCCGGUCGGUUCGAACCGGGAUCAUACGGCCGCUAACGUGGUUGGGUCGAGCAUUUCGGGGGUGAAGGUUCCAGCGGCUCUGGUCGUGAUUGGGGGUUUGGAUUUGUUAAGAGAUCGUAACAGAGAGUACGUUGAAUGGCUGAAGAAAUCGGGUCAAGAAGUUCGGGUGGUGGAGUAUCCCAAUGGAACACAUGGGUUUAUUGGAAAACCGGAUCUUCCGGAAUAUUCCAUGCUCAUCCAAGAUGCCAAACAAUUCAUCAACAAAAUUUCAUAAAUCAUAAGGUAAAGAAGUGGUAACUGCUAGCCCAAUAUAAGGGAGUACAUAAGGGGUAUUUGGGUUGAUCGGUUUGAAACCAGGAGUUUUGACUAUUGAACUCAAAUUCAUGUUUGGACACUUGGAAUAAUGAAAUUAAAAAACUAAAUCGAUGAUUUAUUUUCACCUCUUAACCAUUAGUUUCGAAUCAUCUUGAUCGUA